AUGUCAAAUUAUACACAAUUACCACAAGAGCCUCCACAAGCUCCAUACCCACCAGCAGUACAAGAUGCAGAGAAUGCACCACGUCAGUUUGGUGAUAAUAUUCCUGAUGAUUUCAAGUAUUCGGUCUCCGUUGCAUCAUGUGAAUUACCAUUGCGUCAAUUAUUUAUUAGAAAAGUAUACCUGUUAUUAACUAUGCAGUUAAUGGGAACAGUCGUUAUGGGAUUGAUUAUUAGAUCUUCUGAUUCGUUUAAAGUUUGGGCCUUAACUAAUGUUUGGUUAUUAAUAUUGUCAUUUGUCGGUGCAAUUGGAUUCAUGAUUGGUGCUUUCUAUAAAGCAAGAUCAUAUCCGGUUAAUUUAGUAUUAUUAUCUGGUUUUACUAUUUGUGAGAGUUAUUCUUUGGGAGUUGCGUGUGCUUUUGUUGAUAGUACAGUAUUAAUCGAAGCAAUCUUGUUAACGUUAAUUAUAUUUAUUGGUUUAACCCUAUUUGCUUUCCAAACUAAGUACGACUUUAUCAGUUGGCAAGGUACUGUGGGUAUGAUGCUUUGGGGAUUGAUUGGAUGGGGAUUUAUAAUGAUGUUUUUCCCACAACAACUGACUUUGGUUGAAAAUGUCUACAGUUUUCUUGGUGCAGCAGUAUUUUCAAUCUACAUCAUCAUUGACACCCAACAUAUUAUGAAGACAUUACAUUUGGAUGAUGAAAUAAUCGCUUGUAUCUCAUUGUACCUUGACAUUGUCAAUUUGUUUUUGUUUAUCUUGAGAAUCUUGAAUAAUAACCAAAAUGAUUAA